AUCACGCUUUUCCAUCCAACAUCCAACAAUCGCACACACUCUUACGAGGCAGUCCACGCAAACGAAAUCCGUCGAGUGAACACACAUUCGCCAUCACAUGAUAGAGGAGAGCGGUGCAGUAAAGGGAUGCUUGGUAGCCCACCAAAGCCCCCUAGGCUGUGGCCGGAACCUCCUCCUGCUCAUUCAAACGGACUCGAUAGAUUCCUGUACUCGGUGAAUGGCGACAGGAAGCCGAGAGUAGCGCACAUUCAGCAGCCGACCAUCUAUCCUCACCACAAAGUCGAAGAGCAAGUUUUUACAAGAGGAUACACCCGAAGCGUGUCUCAGGUCCAUCAGGUCAUUACCGAAGAGUCCAAGAUAUCUCGGAAGGAUACUUGCCCCUGCAAACCGAUUCCAGGAUGGUGUGGGAAGGGGAUGAAAGAAGGCGGCUGUUCGAGAACUACCCCGAGGAGUCUUAUAAAAUCAGAACCAGCGGCAACGCCUUGUCAAGUUCAAGAGGUUACAACAAGCUCUAAGACGGAUAUUACAGGGAAUAACAGUGGUGGUAUCCCCGUGGGGAUAGCCAUUGCAAGACAGCGAGUUCAGCAAAAUACUCCUUCACCAUUAACGGUUGUGACAUGCCAGGACAGGACAACUACCCAAGUGCCAUCAUGGCCUUUAGCACCAUCACACUGGCAAUUUGCUCCAACUGGAAAUGGCAUGGAUCAAAGCAUGCCUAUUCAGCAGCUUGUUGUGAGGGACCCGGUGAGUGGGCAACUCAUGCUUUUGCAAGGUCCAGGAUUAGAAGGAGGAAUGCAGAGGGCAGUGGUAUGGCCGGGGAAUAACGUUGCACCUCCAAUGCAGGUAAUGCAAGCACCUCCUCAGCCGCAGCCUGUUCUUCUUUCAGAUAGGCUUGUUACACUUGCUCCUCAGCAGCAAAUUUCAGAUAAAAGGAGGCAGAUUCAUGAUCCUGUUACUGGAGUCAUGUUCCCGUGUGAACUCACGAAGUCUAGUUCUCCUACGGUUGGUCAGGGAGGAUCACAGGGUCUGGUCCUUCAACCGACUCUUUCACCGCAGCAAUUCAGUUCCGUUCUGAUUCAGCAGAUGCCAUUCGCGACUUCUACAUCCCACCACAACAACUCUCUCUUGCUGAGCACACAAGUAGCUGAAGCUCAUAGCCUCAUAAACCAGAAUUUGGUCAUAUCAAAUCAUCUUGAAAAUACGGUUAUAAACCCACAAAUAAUUGGCAUGGAAAGUGGUGGCUUCAGUACACAGGGUGGUCUACUUCAACAUAUGCAUCCGAGUCUGGUCAUUAGCCACCAUCACACAGAAACCAAUUUUAUGAGACAAGAUAUUACUCCUGUCUUGCCUUCUGUUGAAAGCCCUGUUAUUGUCAAACAGGAAAUUAAAACUGAACAAGAUAAUAACCUCAUUGAUCAGGCGACAUCACCUCCGAAUGUUAGUGAGGACUCCAAGUCCACUUAUGAAGAGGAAGACGAGAGUUUGAAAACAAUAGUACAAGAUGCUUCAAACCAGACUGAAACACCUGUAGUUAGUGAUGAAGAAGUUGGGCCAACAAAGGUGAAAGAGGAGAAUGAGGAAAUAUCUGUACAAGAUGAAGGUAGACAGGUGGAAUCCACAAACGAAGACGAUUCUCUUAGUGAGAAAGAAACUGUUCAGGUCAAAACCGAAGACACUUUCCUCAAAAUCAGUUCACUCACCGAGCCGGAUUUGAGCGGCUUAGAACUCCUCUCGAACAGUAUUGCUCAGCAUGAAAAAUAUCAAAGUUCACCCGAACAAAAUGAAGUUUCUCAAGAAUCAGAAAGACACUACGGUGGAGGACUUGGCCUGUUGUGCGAAGUAGCGGCCAAUCACGGUUUCUUUAAUGGUUUCACUGAGGAUUCGCCUUCUCCUGGCACGCUGAAUGCACAAGUCGAGACAAAUACGCAGAUCAACCUUCCAAAUUUGGAUACACCACCCAGCUUGAGCCCAAAACCUGAACCUCUAGAACCGACUAUCACACCUAUUAAAUUGUCGCAGAAAAGCGAGUUAACAGUAACAAAACCGGUUAAAAAGUUUUUGCCACUCAAGCUAAAAAAAGUAAAAAUGGAAAGGACUUCAAGAGAAAACACACCCCCAUCAAGGACACCAACACCCCCGCCUCAACUAUCACCGUUAGGUGAUAUAAAAACUACAAUAGCAAUUAAGAAAAUUACUACUCCUGAGCCAGUAUCUCCAGAUACAACUUCUAAACCUCCAAUACUUCCAAAAAAGAGACCAGGAAGGCCAAAAAAGAUAAUUAAAUUUGUUGAAGAUGAUGAAGACAUAAAGGAGUCAGAAGAGGAUAAAAGGAAGAUUGAACUACCUCCGGUUCUGGAACCUUGGAGUGCACUACCAAAGCAGAAGGUGUCCUCCAUUCCUCCUACACUGACUCCCCAUAAAAAACGAAAGAGUCUUGAAAACUCAAUCUUAGAGGAGCCGGAAUCUUCAUCAAGGUUCCAACCACCAAUAUUAACACCUUCGAGCCCUGCAAAGCCGCCUAUCAAGAAAAUGAAACUACUGAAAGACGUUGUUAAAAAGCUCGAUUCACCUAUUCCUCCACUAGCAGUUCCUGAUGAUGACCUUGAUCAUCUUCCAAAAAGCCGUAUUCGGCCAAAGCUAAAAGCUGAAGCAAAAGUUAAAUCCUACAAUGAUGAUGAUGAACUUGAUGAAAUAGUUCCAGUAGAGAUCAAGGAAAUACCCAAGACUCCAAUCCAACCCGUUUGGAGGAUAUCAGAACAACAAGGCAAAAAACAAAAACCGACAAGUGUCGAAAAGAAAAAAGUUCCCGAAAAAGUAAAACUAGUCCCGAAAGUUGAGGUUGUGGAGCCUAAACAAGAAGAGAAGGAAAUUGAGUUACCAAAACCAUCUCCUUACAACCAAACUCCGGACUGUAAAUUGGCCGAAGAACAUCUGAAUCAGCUUCCUUGCGCCAUUAUGAUGGCCAAAGGAGGUCUCUUUUAUACAGGACAGAUAACUCAGGCCAAAGCUGAAGGUAUUUACGAAGUCGUUUUGGAGAAAGAAAGGCACAGAAAACCACACAUCAUGUGCAGUGAAGAACUUAUAAACAACGCUAUAUUGGAAGUAAGACUGGAAGGUACGCCUCUUACUACCGGAACUAGAAUAUGUGCAUAUUGGUCUCAGCAGUACAACUGCUUGUAUCCUGGCUCUGUGUCUUCGAGUUGUGGUAAAGAAGAUAAGUUUGUAAACGUUGAAUUCGAUGAUGGAGAUAAUGGCAAGAUAAAUAGAGACGACAUAAGACUCUUGCCUCAAGAUUAUCCAACAAUCGAAUACGAUCCAAAUCCAUUAUCUUUGUUGGGAAAGAGGAAGAGGCUUAACUCAUCAACUAGUGCUGAUAGCAAUGUAAAAUCACACGAGCAACAGGCUGAUUUAAGUUCACCCAAAGGUCCCGUUGAAGAGAAAGCAGAUAAAACUCAAAAUGAGAUUGUUGAAGAUAAGCCAGUUGAAAUCAAGAAAGAAAAACCCUUUGAACAAGAUGACGUUAUCAAACCUCCUAAGAAGAAAAAGAAGAAACCGAAACAAGAAAAGACAAGUGAAAAAGUGGAAGAAUUAUCGGAAAAAAGUCUAAAUCCAAAGGCCGAGAAUGACUUGGAUGAGGAAAGUGUCGAUAAUAAUUUCCCUUCGAUUAUCUCAUCUAUUGUCGAGGACUUUUUCCAGAGUGAGCAGGAAAGGAAAAGAAUCAAAAAAGAGAAGAGGCGGCGUUUGCUGCUCGAGAGAGGAGGAAGACUGCAUAAACAUAAACACAAAGACGGUUGUAGAACACACCACAAACGUAAGCAUAAGCAUCACAGGAAGCACAAACGUAAACAUUCAAUCGAAAAAGAUGAAAAGAACCGAAACAAGACCACAAAAUCUGAUGAGGCAAAAACACAACCUGACAAGAAGAUACCCAAAGAAGAUACUACUAAAAAUCCUCAACCGAAGAAAUUGGCAAAGAAGAAUGUCAAAUCUAAAUCAAAAAUCGCUGCAUUCCUUCCUGAGAGGCAUGAGUUGUGGGCUUGGAAAGGUGAAGGCGUGAAACGAGGACGUGCGCUUGGCCCACGAGGCAAAGGGAAGAAGAUUUUUUAUAAAUCAAUUCAAAGAGGAAAUGAUCUCAUUUCUGUUGGCGAUUGUGCUGUUUUUGUGUCAACUGGAAGACCUGACAGGCCGUUUAUAGGGAAAAUUGAGUCACUAUGGGCUACCAUUAAAAAUAGUAUGGCUGUGAAAGUGUCCUGGUUUUAUCACCCGGAGGAGGCUAUUGGUGCACCAGAACAUCUCAAUUAUCCUGGUGGGCUUUUUGAAUCACCCCACAAUGAUUGCAAUGAUGUACAAACCAUUUCACACAAAUGCGAGGUUGUACCGUUGAAGGAUUUCCUCGAGAAAAUGAAAGAAGACCCAGAAUUCUUGGACCAUGUGUAUGAAAACCAAGAAAUUUACUAUCUCGCUGGUCAUUAUGACCCUCAUAAUGAAAGUAUCACGUUUGAACCGGGUGUUCAACAGUAAAAAAUCUGUAAAACUCUUUUACUGUUUGAAAACUUACAAGGAUCGAAUACCCUAAACAUAGAUUUAUUCAAAGGUUCUUGUUUUAGAUGCUUUAGAAAGAGAAUAAUUCUAAACAGAGGUCUAAAGGAACAAAUAGAUUUUCCUAAUCUUAGUGAUUUAUCUUCGAGGUAGCUUUCUACUGUGUGUGACAUGUAUAUAAAUUAUUUUAAAAAAAAAUGGGAAUUUAGGUGUUUAUGUUGUCAAGACAUAUACUUAAAAUCCAAAAUAAGACUAAAUAUAAGGAAAAAGUAAAUCAAAAAGUAUAUUUUUAUACUGAUUUGCCUUUUUAUGAGGUUUUAUUUUUAUUUGCUAUAUUUUAACAAUAAAAAUGAAACAAUCUGGGAUAACAUAAGCACCAGUCUUGUUGAGACAUUUGUAUCCCAUUUUUUUACAUUAACUCUCAUUAUAUAGUGUGAAUUUGAAAGUCUUCCUCUUUUAUUGUCUAGCUGCAACUUAUACGCUUCAUCGUUCUUGUCUUUAUCACUACGGUGAAUUCAUUAUUAACCAAGGAAGAAACUUGCGUUAAAUUAUAUUAAAUAUAAUAAUAUUAUGAAAACAGUAGUAAAAGAUAGAUGAUAAACUAUACAAAGUAGAUUUAAAAAAAGAAAAGAAUGAAAGGCUGUUUGUGCCAUUUAAAUAUAUAUUUUAUUAUGUUUCAUUCUUACUUCUUAAAAAGCAAGCUUUAAAACGGGCUUGUUUAAUUUUUACGUUUUUAAAAAAGUGUAUUUUAUUAUUACCUGUAUUAUAAUGUAAGAGAUUUUUUUUUUUUUGUAAAUAGAAAACCUUGAUUCAGACCAGGGUAAUUAUUUGCCUUGGUUUAGUUGGAAAUAAAUUUUCUUCUAUUUGAACUGGUAAGAAGAUUUUGAAAGCAAUAUUUCAUUUUCAUUACUAUUUUCUUUAAUGUGAUAUAGUUUCAUAUGUAUAGCACUGUAUAGUAUAUACAUAUAACUCCAUAUAGUAUCGUAUAUUUAUAUAUAAACAUUACGUUGUACCUUACUGUAUACGAUUUAUAUUCCUGUUGACAUUUGUUGAUUUUUUUUUUUUUUAAUUUUGUUUGUUGGUUUUUGUAUUUUAACAUUCUCAAUAGCUCAGUGAAAAUCUUUUUGUUGAAUGAUUCUUUUGUAGACAACUUCAAAUACUGCAAAUAAAACAGUUGUACACGCUGGAUUAAAUCGCUUUAAAAUGUGUUUUUGGUGCCUUUCGGAAGUACAAUCACUACAAGUGUUAUAUUACAAUUCUUCACUUAAAUAAUACUUUGCUGCCUUACAAAAAUGAAUUAAAGACAAAAUGAGCAAAAGAAUUGUACUUUUGCUACCGACACAAGCAAUAUUGAAAGUUAUUGGAGUUGUGAACUAACACUACAAAUGUAUGUUAAUAUAAGUGUUGCGGUAUUAAGUUUUAUGCCUUGACAAUGCUUAUUUUUUACAUUUUUACUGUCCUUUAGAUGUUUUGUUAUUAAUUGAUAACAGUAAACUGAUUUGUAAUUGAUAAUACAUUCUAAUUUUUAUUGUGAAAAAUAAAUGUGCUUGGAUUGAAAAUUGUUAGGUGCAUACUUUUUGAAAAAUUGUUAUAUACAAGACUUUUUUGGGACAAUAAGACACUUACAAUCAUAAGCGUGUGUUAGCUGAAUGUUAUAUUUUAUAGAAACAUUAAACACUAGUAAUAAAUAGAACUCUAUCAAAGCAUUUACUUUUUCUCCAUCCAAAUUUGAACAGUUUGGAAAUAUUUUUUAUGGUGGUGCAUCGAUGAUAGUCAUGUUCUGUAUAUUAGAUAUUCUUUACUUAUAACAUUUCAGAGUUGGCAAAUUGCUCAAAGAGCUUCUCGAAAAUUCUUUGAAAAACAUGUUCUUAAAAGUCUGCACAACAGAGAGGUUAAAAAUAUUCAGGAUUUUUAUUGCAACUGUUUAAAAAACAAACGAACUUUUUAACGCAUAAAGCACAUUAAUUACUUGUUGAACAUCAUUACUUCAAAUAUAUAUACAUUAAUACUGUAUUUUAUUGGCAGGUAAACCAUUGUUUUCACUGUGCUAUUUAAAAAUGUGCUUUUUAAGUUAUUUGUUCCUUUAUAUAUACCAGGAAAUGGGCAUGUAAAAAUAAUAAUAUAAAAAGAAGAAUAAAAAGGACAAGAGUUAACAAACAUAGAAAACAGUAUGUCAUAAACUGUAGACUCUUUGUUCAUUUGAAAAUUAUUUUGUAUAUUUUUAAGAUUUUGCACUAUUUGUAUAGCUAUUUUAUUAGGUAAAUUGCACAAAAGUAUUGUGAUAUGUUUAUAGUGAAAGUAGUGUUUAAAUAAAAAAAUAUGUAAAAAUUAAUUAUAAAAGAAUAAUAAUGGCUUUAAAUAAUUAUUUUAUGCUAAUGAAAGCCAGCUAAAAUUAUAAUUAGGAAUCCAAAAUAUACAGAGUCUUAUAUUUUAAAAUGAUUCAAGAGACCAUUAUUAUUCUAAGAACUUUUUUCUUGAACAUGUUGAUAGACUUAAUAGAAUAAAAUAGAUUAGUUUGAAAUCUUAUGUCUAUAGAUAACAGCUGCAUUAAUUAGUAAUGUGGAAAAAAAGAAGUAACAUAUUUAUCUACAUUCAUAAUAUCUCACCAAUAUUUUAAAUGUUAAUUUUAAAAGAGCAAAUAAAAUUGUUAGAUAAAAUGGAUAAAAAAGUUUUUUCUAAUUUUAAGUUAAUUAGCUCUAUAAAUAUAAUUUUAUUCUUCAAUCAUUAUAAUAUACAUAUAUAACGUGCAAUUAAUUUUUUGUUUCUAAUAUUAGUUUUAAAGAAACGAUAAAAUGUGUAAACUUUUGGUAGAGCAUUUAUCAAAUGUCCCCCUUGCAUAAUAUUCUUAAAUAUUGGUUAUAAAAGCAAAGCGAUAGGGGAGAGAGAGAGAGAAAGAGAGAGAGAGAGAGAGAGAGAGAGAGAGAGAGAGAGAAAAAAGUGUUAUUUGUUGUACUUAGUUGAUUGUCAUUUAACAAUUGCAGUCAUUAAAGAAUCCCCUCCUGUCUUUAUUUAAGGAUAUUAUUGUUGGUAUUAUGAAAACGAUUAAGGCUACCAUCUUAAAAGCCUUUCUUAAUAUCAAAAUACGCUUAUAAGAUAUAUAAAUUAUGAAUACUUUCUAAAAAUGUAUGACCUAACUAGUUUUGUGCUGAUAUAUAUUUUUCAAUAAGAAAAAACAAAACAUUUGUUUUUAAUAAAUAAUACAUGUAUAGUAAUAAAUGUGCAACAUACAAAGAAUUAAAAUGUAUGAAAUAUUAGUUGCCAUUAAUGAAAAAUAAUAAAAGGAAAUGAAGGUGCUAUCUCGA